AGUAAGCGCAGCUAACCAAUCAGCUUCGUGGGAAACGUGACAUGCGCAGUAGUGUCCGAAGAGCUUGUAAACAUGGCGGACCCAAACAAGGAGGACACCGAAUCGAAGCUGUACAACGAGAUAUUAACUCCGUCAGAGCUGUUUGCGGCCCGAUCCAGGAGUCACAAGAUCCCAGUCAGAGGUCAGAAGGACUUCUUCCCCGAUGAGUCUGAGGAGCAGAGGCAGCGGCUGCAGCAGAGUCUGACGGAGCACUGGAGCCUGGUGUCGGAGGAGAGGGUGGAGAAGCUAGGAAACCUGGUGAAGGCCACGUGGAUCCCAAGUGAGGUGAUCGUCGAGCUUCAGUCUCCAGCCGGCAAGUUUUGGCAGACGAUGGGCUUCUCCGCCAGGGGGAAGCAGCUGCUCCUCCCCGAGGAGGCUCUCUACCUGAUGGAGUGUGGGAACCUGCAGGUCUUCCACUUGGAGCUGCCGCUGUCCGUGCAGGACGGGUACGAGAGGUUCCUGUCCUCGAGCACAGUGAGCCUCCUGCAGUACCAGGUGUUCGGGCAUUUGAAGAGGCUCGGCUUCGUGGUCCACAGGUUUGAUCCCAGUUGUCAGCCGUCGUCGUACGAGAGGCAGCUCAACCUGCCGCGGUCACGUGACCGAGCGGCGAACCAUCUGAAGAGAAAACGCAGCGACAGUCCCGCAGAAGCACAAUCGGGCAGGAAGGAGGAGGACAGAACUCCAGAGUCGCAGCCGGCUGCGUCUGACGACACUUCCGGCGCCCGGCCCGCCGCGGGAGGUUCAGAGGGCAGAGGCGGGACCUGGUGGCUGACGGAUGUUCACGGGGGCCAUUCGGGUCCCUCGCCGGCCUCUGGCUCCUCCCACUGGGACUUCAGCUCCAUCCUUUUCCCCGAUGUGGGCUCCAGGGAACACCUGGCCUCCCCGGACCCGUCCCUGCUGCCCGGGUCUCUGGCCGUGGGAGUUUGUGACGUCGCCCCCUGGAGGCGGAGGAUAAACCUGAGGGAGGUGAAGACGUCCCUGAAGGAGCAGAGGAGGGAGAAGGGCAAGCAGCGGCGGGGCGUCAACGAGGACAGAGAGGUCCGGCGGUGCAGAAACUGGACGGAGUAUCGGGCGCUCCUGGCGAGGAGGCGGGGGCGGCGCUACAGACGACCAGAGCACCUGUGGAACAGAGACGUCACUCCUUUACACGACCCGGGACAACCGAUCCCUACAGUGGAGCUGCUGGACAAAAUCAGUGUGAUCAAAUCCACGCGUUUACUGGAGGGAGCCUCCAGGUUGAAAGACUCUGGCGAGUGGAGGAUCUGUUUCAAUGUCUACCAACCCGACUCGGUGGCCGACUUCAGGAAGAGCGACCCGGGGAAACCGUACUCGCGCGUGUGCGUGUGCAGCUUCGGCGGCCCGGUGCCCGACCUGCGAGCCCUGAAGACGCUGGCGGCUCAGAGCGGAGACGUCUCGCUGGUCUUCGCCGUGGUGGACCACGGAGACAUCUCCUUCUACACCUUCAAAGACUUCACGCUGCCCACCGACGUUUUCCCCUGAGGCCUCGCCGCCGCCGCCACACGGGUCCGCCGACCUCUGGGAGGGAUCCGUUCGGGUUUCACGUUCUUCUUCGUCUCGGCUCGGGGGGCUUCUGUCGUGCGCCAUUUUCUAUCUUUGGGAUUACUUUUACGAGCUACGCUUUAACAUCCUUUACUUGAACAGUUUUUAAGCUUUGAAAGAAAAGCUGUUACUGAGAUUCAUGUCUUCUGGUGAGAAAGUAAACUUGUAGGUAAGCAGUUAAUAAAGUUUUCCGCCAUUUUGAGGUU